AUGUCGCACAUCAUUCCAAUUGCUACACCCCUACGAAAGUUCAAAGGCCAUGAAAAGGGCGUACCGGCAAUCGCAGUUUUCCCCAAUAAACGAUGGAUGGUUACAGGCUCGUACGACGACAACACACUUUUUAUGUGGGAAUUGAAGACAGGUGUUGUGUUGAAGAAGAUGGAAGGACAUGACAAUGUGGUGCAGGCAUUGGUUGUAUCACGAGAUGGACAAUUGAUAGCAAGCGGGGAUGAAAGAGGAGUGCUCAUCGUCUGGCACGGAGAAACUGGCGAAUCACUCACCAAAAUCGAAGCACACUCCAAUUCGAUCUCCUCGCUGGAUUUUUCUCCCGAUGGCACAGUGCUGGCCACUGGUUCAUAUAACAAAAUGAUGAAACUGUGGAAUACCAAAACCUGGCAGCAUGAAGGAGAUCCAAUCAAGUGUGGUGCAUAUGUCCGCUGCGUACGGUAUUCACCGUCUGGAGAACUUCUUGCCAUCGCAACAAAUUACAAUAUUGAAAUUUACAAUUCAAGCACGAGGAAACGCGUCGCAAUCUUUGGUAACACAUCAUACAACUCGUUACUCGCGUGGACGCCCGAUGGCACGCGCCUGCUCACAGGUAGCUAUAAUAGCGAUCAUACCAUACUCGAAUGGAAUACAACAACCUGGAAGCAGGUCGGUGAUCCUUGGACGGGUCACACUGGCCGAAUCAAUGCCAUUGCCAUUCAUCCUGCUGGCACACUUGUUGCAUCCGCAUCCGCCGACAGCCACGUCCGUCUCUGGCGGCUCUCAGAUCGACGAACCAUUGCUGUAUUCAAGGACUUAUCCUCGAUGGAGUGUGUCACUUUCUCCGUGGACGGAAACCACAUCCUCAGCGGAGGCGGCGAUAAGAUGAUCUCAGAGUGGGCAACUAUCGCCAUUACAACAGCCCGCGAUGCAUACAUAGAUGGAGACUCAUCUACCGACGAAGAACUACUCACGCAAGAUAUCAACACCGAUGGCAACAACCAUACUCCCUACGCCCAUCGCUCAAAGGCAUGUUUCCGUCCUGGACUUAUAUAUAUCACAAUUAGAGCAUGCUUCUUGCAGAUCCUAGCCAUCACGACCUCCCGUAUUGCAUGUGUAAAUGGAGACUUAUCCACCGCUGAAGAACUGCUCACCCAAGAUAUCAACACCAAUCCGAACAACCAUAAUUCCUACGCCUAUCGUUCAUUUGUUAUGGCGCGAAAACACGAUUGGGAUCACGCCCUUCGGGAUGCGAUAAAUUCCAUCAACAUUGAGCCCUCAUUGACAGGCUAUAUCUCCAAGGGUAUUGCCCUCUGCGGAACAGGCCGCGUCCCAGAUGCGAGGGCAGCAUUUGAUGUUGCAUCCAUGUACACGAACCAAGAUUCAGAAAACCUCCAUUUUCUGCUGUUGAUCAAAGCCAUCACGCUCUUCAAUGCAGAUCAAUAUGACGAGGCAAACCUGCUCCUCAAAGAACUCACCACCGGUUGUCCGAAUGCCGACACUCGCGCAUGUCGUAUCGUGGAAGCAUAUCUUCGUGUUCAACUUGGACUCGAAGCCUUGGAUGGCGCACGUCACGACGAAGCCGCUGUCCAUUUCACUGCUGCUCUCGACUGCCGUGAUUCAUCAUCGAAAUCGGACAUUCAUGAAAUAUACGAGGAUUUGGUGGUGCUUUUCGGCUGGGAUCUCAAAUCGUUGUGGUUGACUGCACACCAGAAACGUUGCGAUGCACUCCUUCUGGCAGGUAAACUUCAAGAUGCCGUGAGAUCAUACCGAUACAUGAUGGACAGUAUCGACGAAACAACGAGGGCCAUCUGCCUUGAAUGGUCCAACGCUUUUACGAAGAAAUGCAGCGCACCCUUUCUUAUCGGCGGGGAUGCUGCCCUCGCUGCAAGCGAUUUUGACAGGGCGAUUGACUUGUACUCGGCGGUGAUCGACCUGGAUUCUGCAUCCGAUGUCGUCUUUGCAAAAUGUAGUCAGGCAAAGUUGGGGAACAGGCUAUGGGAGGAGGCGCUUCUCGACGCGCAAAAGGCUACCGAACUCAAUCCUUCCUCUCACGUUGGAUAUGAGUUGACGUAUACAGCGCUGCAUGGCGCACAGCGCUACGACGAAGCCAUAGAGGCCUUCAAAAUCAUGUUGUCCAAGUUGGACGAUUCUCCCGAUGCUCAGAUACGAGAUCUGCGUCAGCAGUAUGUUUGUCCAUCUGAAGCAGAAGACGCCAUUCAAAGAGCAGUCUGGCUUAAACUCGAAUAUGCCCCGCUGCGUCUACUUAAUACCUUCACGGGUAUUUUGUGCGAUCGAGCAGCCCAAAUAUACGCGUUCAAAACGAGUGCAGAGUAUAAGGAGCUUUUGGCAUCCACAACGAAGCAUUCAGACCUUCAAAUGGACCGCAUCAAGAAAGUGGUAGCAGCAUACUUCCGUUGUGUCCUGUUAUCACACAGGUGGGAAGAGACGGAGGUGCUGCUGCACGACAUUCAGGAUACCGAUGUGCGCGAGUUGAAGCAACUUGGCGGGAUCGCGAAAUUGCAGUCAUUCUGCAAAGUCGCUUGUGAUGCUGGGCAUCGCUGGGCGUGGAUGGACACGUGCUGCAUCGACAAGAGGAGCAACACCGAGCUCCAAGAAUCGGUGAACUCCAUGUUCGUCUGGUACCGCCAUUCAGCGCUUACCAUCGUCUACCUAUCCGAUGUACCCUCUUCAUCUGAACCCGGCGCAUUAGCGAGCAGUGUCUGGAACAAGCGAGGAUGGACUUUUCAAGAGUUCGUCGCUCCGAAAGUUGUAUUAUUCUAUCAAAAGGAUUGGUCAUUAUAUCUGAAUGAUCGCUCUUCCAACCACAAAGAGUCCACUGCAAUCAUGAAGGAGUUGGAGGAUGCGACUGGAAUAGAUGCACGGGCCCUGAUCUCCUUUCGUCCUGGGAUGAGCGACGCUCGACAGAGACUUCAAUGGGCGUCAUCUCGCGUCACCACAUUGCAAGAAGACGUCGCAUACUCAUUAUUUGGGAUCUUCAGUAUCCACCUACCUGUAAUCUAUGGGGAAAAGAAGCAGAACGCGCUCGGGCGACUCUUGCAGGAGAUCGUGGCUCGGUCGGGAGACAUCACGGUCCUCGACUGGAUCGGACAACCUUCCGAAUUCAAUAGCUGUCUUCCAGCCUAUAUUACUUCUUACACCACUCCUCCACGCAGCCUUCCAUCCUUGUUCGAAGAUCAGAUUCAGAAAACUAUUUCUUCCCUGCGAGAAAAUCCCAUGGUUGUGGAUUUGGCUUUGGAACAUUACGACCGGCUUGACAACACGAGCGCCGCUCGUUUUGCGAACUGCAGGCUACAUCUGCCUUGCAUGACAUUCCGUGUCACACAAGUCGGUCUGAGCUAUAGUACAUCCCAGGAGACUCGAUAUGAAGUCAAGGCGGACGGGCUUUGUGACCUGCUGAUCACCACUCAAAAGCCGAUCGUCCAGUUCUUGCGGACAAGGCCCACUCAGCAGACCUUCAUGCUCGUCCGUCCCUGGGAUCGGUCUCUCCUCGAGUUACCUGACCUUCAAGACGAUACAGAGAGCGAAGGGGAUGGUUGGAUGCCGCUCUCGUCUCCGUCUGACAGCUCACCUAGCCAUUCUGUUGUAAAUCAGGAGGUGAAUGACCCGGAUUCGCGAGCAUUGCGGUUGGUUGUUCGCCUUGGGCAGCCUUUUAGCGCAUUUUUACUAGCGCGGCAGCGUGGUGGAGAAUACAAGAGGGUCGCGUCGGAUCGUGAUAUCAUUGCGCAGGUCAAAGAUGCGGCUUCUGUCCCAGACCUGAUGGACAUCAAGACGAUUGAAAUACUGUAGAUGUAUUUUCCUCUCAAGAUUACGGAUUUCAUUGGUACUUUCGUAUAUAUCAGACUACAUGCAUGUGUAUUGGACUAUAGUUUCCUUUCA